AAUUCUAAUCAUUUCACAUUGUUUACUGUUUAAAAAUUCAAGAUGAUGGCCAAAAGCGCAACGUGCCUUGCUCUUUGCUUGCUAUUUAUUACUAUUCAAUGCGAAGAUGUACCUAGUGAUAAGCCUUUAGACGAGUCAUCAGAAAAUAUAAAACAAGUGGUUGACGAACCAGUCGAAGAAGAUCAUGUAAUUAUUUUGUCAGAUAAAAAUUUUGAUGGCUUUAUUAACUCUAAAAAAUUUGUUCUCGUUGAAUUUUACGCGCCAUGGUGUGGGCACUGCAAACAAUUGGCUCCAGAAUACAGUAAAGCUGCUCAAAAAUUAAAAAAUAAUGACCCUCCGGUAUCACUUGCUAAAGUAGACUGUACAAAAGAAACCGAGCUCGCUAAUAGAUUCAACAUACAGGGUUAUCCAACAAUAAAGCUUUUUAAAGAUGGUGAACCAUCUGAUUAUGAUGGUGAAAGAGACGAAAAUGGUAUUGUCAAAUAUAUGAGACAACAUGCUGAUCCAAACUAUGUUCCACCAAAAGACUUUGUCAUUGUACUUGGAAAAGAUAAUUUUACAGAAAUCACAGAAAAGGAAGCAAUCAUGCUUGUUGAAUUUUAUGCACCAUGGUGUGGCCAUUGUAAGAAAAUAGCUCCACAACUUGAAAAGGCAGCAUCUGCAUUACAAUCUAAACAACCUUCUAUACUAAUUGGUAAAGUUGAUGCUACUAUUGAAAAAGAACUAGCUGAGCAAUAUGGUGUAACAGGGUAUCCUACUAUGAAAAUUUUUCGCAAUGGAAAAGCUACUGAAUACAAAGGACCCAGAGAGGAACCUGGAAUUGCUGAUUAUAUGCUGAACCAAGCUGGUGAUCCCACAAAACUUUAUGAAACAAUGACUGAUGUUAAAAAGUUCUUGAAAUCAAACUUAGACGAACCAGUGAUAUUAGGAGUUUUUGACAGCAAGGAUGAUCCCCUUUAUAAAUUAUACAUCGAUUCAAACAAUGCAGUGCGUGAUGAUUAUGUUUUUGGACAUACUUUUGCAGCUGAUGCAAAGCAUUACUUUGGGCUAAAAGUUAGUAGUAUAAUAAUUGCACAUCCUGAAUAUCUUCUUACUCAAUAUGAACCUAAAUAUCGUGCAUUUGAUGAUGCAUCAGGAAAUGAUAUACAAGUCCAAGCAUUUUACAAAGAAUACUGUGUUCCUUUAGUUGGUCAUUAUCAACAACACAUCGAGUCAAGGUUCUCAAAGCGACCAUUGGUUCUUGUGUUUUAUGAUGUGAACUUUCAACCAGAAUUCAGAUCAAUGACACAAUUUUGGAGAAAUAAAGUUGUACCUGUAGCAAGGAAAUACAAAAAUGCUCUUUUUGCAGUGGCUGAUGAAACUAUGUUUGAGCAUAAAUUAAAAGAACUUGGUCUUUCUGACUCAGGAGAAACUGUAAAUGUUGGUAUUUACAACGACAAAGGACAGCGUUUUGCAAUGAAAGAUGAGGAGUUUAAUGAAGAAACUUUAGAAGAGUUUUUGGAAGAUUUUUAUAAAGGAAAAUUAAAACCAGUUAUAAAAUCACAAGCUGUUCCUAAGAAAGUUAAUCCUGGUAAUGUACAAGUUGUUGUCGGUAAAACAUUUGAUAGUGUAGUCAUGGAUGAAUCUAAAGAAGUUUUUAUCGAGUUUUAUGCUCCAUGGUGUGGCCAUUGUAAAAAAUUGGAGCCUGUUAUAGUAAAAUUAGCAAAGAAAUUCAAAAACGAGAAAAAUAUAGUUAUAGCUAAGAUUGAUGCUACAGAGAAUGAGGCACAUGCUGCCUAUGAAGUGAGUGGUUAUCCAACUAUUUAUUAUGCACUUCCUGGCAAAAAAGACAAACCAAUAAAAAUGGACGGUGGAAGGGAACUUAGUGAUUUAGUGAAAUUUAUUGAAGAAAACUCUGUUGUCUUGAAAUCUAAAAAUGUUAAACAAGAACUAUAAAGUAUUAGUAUUUUUAAAUUAAAAAAAUAAUAAAUUUUUACUUGUUAAAAACUUGGGGACAAUUUAGGUGAUAUUUAUGCAUAGACGCCAUUUGUAAAUUUUUUAUUAGCGUGAAUAAAUUUAUGCAGUAUCUGCAGACAACGAAAACGAGAACAAAUAUAUUUUUGUUGUUGUAGUUUAUUAACUUUUCAUAAAUAAAUUAUUUCUAUAUAAA